AUUUCGCCUGGUUUCUGUCUGUUCACUGAAUCUCACGCUGAAAAUGCUGGAUUCCGCGUGCGUGGUGGUUAAAUCAUUGAAAUCUCUGUAAUAGAUGAAGCUUGGUGAUUUGGGUUAUCGAAUAAUUAAUCUUUUGAAGUCUGCGUAUUGUGGAAAUCUAACAAUAUUUUCCUGUUUCAACAUUUGCCUUUGUAUCUCAAGUCUAUGAUAAUGCUUGAUUUCAUGCCUGUUUUGCUGAAUAUUUUGUGCUUGUCUAGGUGGGAUUGCUAAAUGAGGCGCUUUUUUUAUGUGGGUUUCUCUUGAAAUCUCAUUAUAGCGGUGGGCUCAUUGAAAAGUGGGAGCUUUCAUAAUUUUUUCCUGAGAAAAAGAAAGAAAAAUGAAGGAGAAACCUUAGUUUUGUGCAGUUAAGUGAGUUUCCCAUGUAAAGAAGCUGGACAUGAAUUUUUUGAAGGGGACAUGCUUGAGCCAAGGGAAGCUGAUAUACCCGUCCUGUUUCUGGUCUUGGUUGUGCUUCCUUUAGUUACUUACAUCUUACUAGGAAAAUGGAAUGAGGUUGCAAAGAAGAAGGAUAGGGUGAGUCUGCUUGCUCAAGUGGCAGCUGAAGAAACUCUCCUUGCUGAAGCAGUGCCGACUGCCAGUGUUAUCCCGGUUGUAGUUUGUACAAAGAGUGGAUUUCAUGAGUGUGCAAGAUGCUUUGGUCCGGCUAAGACCCGCUGCUCCCGUUGCAAGUCUGUUAGAUACUGUUCUGGGAAGUGUCAAAUUAUCCACUGGAGGAUGGGUCACAAGGAAGCAUGCCAGCAGUUGGAGUCCACCUGCCUAAAUAUAUCUCCUAAGCCAUUCUCAGAUGAAGAAUCUGUCCAUGAGAGGGCUCUACCAAAUGAAUACCAGGAUGGUCUCUUCCAAGGAUAUGAGAUUGGGCACUCUAUCCCGGACAGUGAUACUGUGGAUAAACCUAACCAUCCGUCUUCCAACACUUCUGCUGCUUCUACCAAUACUACCACAGUUGAUACAUGUGAGGUAUUGAUGGCGGAGAAAAAACAUGUGGAUAAGCGUGUUUCACGUAAGUUAAACAGAGAAACAUUGAGAAGAGGGGAUGCUGCUUUAUUGGGAUCUCGCGGAGGAGCCUGUGGUAGUUGGGAUGGCAGUUCAAAUUUGUCUAACGUUAUCCCAUCCAAGAAGGCUUCCAUGAGACAUAAGUUAGGAAAUGACGAUCCAAUUGCAUCAUCAGAACAAAUCUCAAAAAAGCAUACCAUCAACAUCCAUGAUGAUCAUAACUUGAGAGGCCAAAAUGAAUGCAUAUCUAAAUCAGGAAGUGAUCCUUGUACCACAAGCUCAUUACAUUCAGAGAAAACAAGGACAGGCUUGCUUGAAGUCGAGAUGGAUUUCACUUCAGAUAGGAACAAUUUCCUUAGGGAAAGACUGGCUUCUAAUAGUGAAACAGUUGACUUGAUCUCUCCCCCUGAAAUUAUCUCAGCCAAAGGAAGCACAAAAUCUAAGAGUACAUUGCAUCCUUCUGAACCCAAAAUUUCAGGGUCCCCAGGAUCAACUUUGAAAGCAUCAAGAGAAAGCUCAUGCUCAGGGAUGCUGAGUAAAGGGCGGGUAGCAAAUGAAUCAAAAGUGCUUCAAGCAAGUGCUUUUACUGCUGUCCCUGGUAAAGACAAAAAUGUUCUGUCAGACACUAUCAUGAGGAAGAUGGGUAUAAAGAAGUUACCUAAAGUUCCAAGACAGGAUGCUAGAGGAGUUAACGGUGAUGGGCGAAAGAGAAACAAGGUGCUGUUCCCUUAUGAAGAAUUUGUAAGGUUGUUCCAAUACGAAGGCUGGGACUUAUCUCCUAGAGGCCUUCUAAACUGUGGGAACAGCUGCUAUGCCAAUGCUGUAUUGCAAUGUCUGACCUGCACAAAGCCUCUGAUCAUCUACCUGCUUCAGAGAUCACAUUCAAGAAUCUGCUGCAUGAAGGAUUGGUGCCUCAUGUGUGAACUUGAGGAGCAUGUAAUGAUGUUAAGAGAAGCUGGAGGCCCUUUGUCUCCUGACAAAAUCCUUCUACAUAUGCGGAGAAUUGGUUGUCGGAUGGGUUCUGGAAGUCAGGAAGAUGCUCAUGAAUUUCUAAGACUUCUGGUUACUUCCAUGCAACUUAUAUGCCUUGAGGGAUCAGGUGGUGAGAAGCAAGUCAAUUCAAGCUUGCAAGAAACUACCUUCAUACAACAUACUUUCGGUGGUCAUCUUAGAUCAAAGGUCAAAUGUCUGAGAUGUCAUCAUGAAUCUGAACGGUACGAAAACAUUAUGGAUCUUACGUUGGAGAUACAUGGUUGGGUUGAGUCACUGGAGGAUGCCCUUACUCAAUUUACAGCUCCUGAGGAUUUGGAUGGAGAAAACAUGUACAGAUGUGGAAGGUGUGCCACAUAUGUUAAAGCACGAAAGCAGUUGAGCAUACAUGAAGCACCAAACAUCCUUACAAUAGUUUUAAAGAGAUUCCAGACGGGGAAGUAUGGGAAAAUAAAUAAAUGCAUCACUUUUCCAGACAUGCUGGACAUGAUCCCAUUCAUGACUGGUACAGGCGACAGUCCACCCCUUUACAUGCUCUAUGCUGUUGUUGUGCAUUUGGAUACGUUGAAUGCAUCGUUUUCGGGGCACUACGUGUCAUAUGUGAAAGAUGUGCAGGGCAUGUGGUUCAGGAUAGAUGACACUGAGGUUCAAACAGUGCCAACUAGCCAGGUGAUGUCAGAAGGUGCAUACAUCCUAUUCUACUCGAGGUCUUGUCCGCGCCUUCCGAGAGUUUCUCCGCUGCAACAUCCAACAACUGAAAUGCACUGCUUAUCAAAACAGAAUCUCUCAAGAUCAGGACAAACUAGACACAAUGACAACUUUUUUGUUGAAGCAUUUGCAUCAGAUCCCAGACAAGAUUUAUGGUUGGGCAGUGGCAAUCAAACCUCCAAUGACAUUCUGAGGUGUGCUAAUGGAAAUACAGCAACAAUGAGAGAAACAUAUCCAGAGUCAAUGAGCAUGGAAUUCUCAGAUGCCACAUCAAGUGAUUGGUCCAUUUUCACAAGUUCAGACGAUGCAUCGUUUACCACUGAGAGUACUAGAGAUUCAUUUAGUACUUCCGAUUAUGCCGACACAGUCAAUCUUGAUCCUAUUUCCUCAAUAUUCAACUCAUUCUACCCUCCAGAAUACUCCUCACACAGGACUGUUUCCUGUAGAAGGUUUUCGGUUAUUAAACCGCAGACAAGAUUCCUUUCGGAAGACAAGGGCUUUGUUUGGGAUUCAUCCCUGUCAAAUGAACCACUUGACAGUGUACAGAAUGGAAAGAAUCCGAAACAGGUCAGGGUUUUUUCGACCUAGCCUUUACCUUCUGUUACUAACUGAAGUGUGUUUAUAAAAUACGGGAGCAAUCCCAAGAUCAUCUUGUUCAUACAUCAUUGUGAACUUUAAUUAUUAGAAUCUUGUUGUCUGGGAAUUCCCAUAAGAUGAAAUAGAUCAUUUAGCAAGAGACUGGCAUACCUCAAAUUAUUUUUUUCUUCAUUUUCUUAACAUGUCUGUUAUAUGGGGUAUGUGAAGACAUCAAGUGGAGUGGAUGAUCUAGUUCUCAUUUUGAGAUUUAAAGGAGUAAAGAUACCGUCUUACUCUUCGGAAUUUUGUAAUAUUUAUCAUAGUGCAUUUCUGGAGUAAUAUUGAUGAAAUGUAUAAAAUUCCAUAUUCAGACUUUA